AUUUAAUCUGUGCAAGGAUGGCGAUGCUUGGGAAGUGAUACGUUUCGCCGAGUUAUAACAAAAAAAUAUGUUCUUCGCGUAAAUUGUUGAUUUAAAAUAGAGUGUUAAUAUAUCAUUCAUGUUAAUAAUUUUUCUGACAUAAAUUCAACAGUUUGAAAUAUAAGUUCUCGAUUAUUAUCAUGUGUUUUGAUAAAAUUUAUGAAUUUUCUCUUGCACUCUGUCUUGGCGGCAACAAUACGAUGAAUAUCAACAAAGAUAUUGCUCUUAUAGGAAACUUAUUAGUUAAUUAGUGCUAUUGGAAAAUCUGACUAUAGAUACAAUUUGCAGUUUUGAUUACAACUUUAUUUAAAUUUUUAUUUUACUGUGUACCUACUAUUAAUAAUUUGUAGAAAAUACAUGAUGAAUGAUGUCCGUGACAAAGUGUCUGCCGGUUCCUCGACAUGGGAGGGUGGCGUUACGCACAGUGAACCACCGCCAGAAACGCAAUCAUCACCAAGCACCGGCGGAGAAACCCCUCAAACUCCUGGAGCUCCGGUGCCCCUAGCCCAGCAUCUCGCUACAGAUUUGCAUCCUGACCUUCUGCAACAAGGAUGGCGAAAGUAUUGGUCUAAACGAGAGAAUAGACCAUACUUUUGGAAUAAAAUAUCAGGAGAAUCAAUGUGGGAAUUGCCAGCAGUAAAAAGAGAUUUUGAUCCAAUUACAGACCCAUUAGGCAUAUGCCACACAGGACCUCCUCCUGCUGGUAGUAUCACACCAAGUGCUAGCAAACGACGACCUUCCGAGGAUAAUGGCCCUCCCCCAAAGAAGUUUGUUUUGGCUGGACCUUGGGAUAUAGAAGUUCCAACAAAUGUUGUAAUAUAUGAACGUCCACCGACUAUAUGUCCGCAUCCCCAUCCGGAAAUAGAAGGAUUUAGAUUCACUUUAGCAAAUAAACUGAGGCAGUGUUAUCAAGAGUUGUGUCACACAAGAGAAAGCAUAGAUGCGCCAAAGGAUUCAUUUAAUCGUUGGUUAAUGGAGAGAAAGGUUAACGAUCAAGGUGGAUCAGAUCCUCUGUUGCCUAGUCACUGCUUUCCUGAAAUAUCAAGAUCUAUGUAUGAAGAAAUAAUGAAUGAUAUUCCAAUAAAGCUGACACAUACGAAAUUUACGGGCGAUGCUCGAAAACAAUUGUCUCGGUAUGCUGAGGCAGCAAAGAAAAUGAUAGAGUCACGGAAUGCAUCACCGGAGAGUCGUAAAGUAGUGAAAUGGAAUGCAGAGGAUACAUUUCAGUGGCUGCGGAGAACUGUCGGAGCUACAUAUGAUGAUUUUCAAGAUAGAUUGGCUCAUCUAAGGAGACAAUGCCAACCUCAUUUAGCUGAAACAGCAAAAGCAUCAGUGGAAGGAAUUUGUCUAAAAAUUUAUCAUUUAUCAGCGGAAUAUGCAAGAAAAAUUAGAGAAAAACACAGCUUUUUAUUAAAAGAAAAUGGAAUUCAGGAGCUGACUGCGCCGCUACAGCAGGCGGCACUGCGCAAGGUGUGGUGCUACCCGGUGCAGUGCGGCAUCCCCGCGCCGCGCGCGCCUCUUGUUGAACACUUCCUCGACCGCGACCAGGCGCUGCUGCGCUACCUCGGCGACACGCAGAUCAUCAAUGCCACUUAUCUACAGAAAUUGGAGUGCCUGUACAGGUACAGCUGCUUCGACGACAAGAAGUUCGAGCAGUUCUUGUCGCGGGUGUGGUGCGUGCUGCGGCGCUACGCGGCGUGGGUGGGCGCGGGCGGGGAGGCGCACCUGGCGCAGAUGGCGCUGCCCGUGCCCGUGCUGGAGUGCCUGCAGCGCUGCUUCGGCGUCACCUUCGAGUGCUUCGCCAGCCCUCUCGACUGCUACUUCCGCCAGUACUGCUCCGCAUUCGCUGACACUGACUCAUACUUCGGCUCCAGAGGUCCGUUCCUGGAGCUGCGGCCGGUGUCGGGGUCGCUGGUGGCGCACCCGCCGUACUGCGAGGAGCUGCUGGAGGCGGCGCUGCGCCACAUGGAGCGCCUGCUGCAGGACUCGGCGGAGCCGCUCAGCUUCGUGGUGGUGCUGCCCGAGUGGCCCGACCGGCACACGCACGCGCUGCACAAGCUGCAGGCCAGCCACUUCAAGAGGAAACAGGUUGUUAUACCAGCAUUUGAACAUGAAUAUCGUCAUGGAUUCCAACACGUCCUUCCAAAGAACGAGGUGUACUUCCGGUGGGGCGGUGGCACGGUGGUGGUGUGGCUGCAGAACGCGGCGGGGUUCGCGCGCUGGGGGCCCACCGAGGAGCGCGUGGAGGCGCUGCUGGACGCGUGGCGGCCGCGCGCCAAGCUGCGCUCCCCGCACGCCGCGCACCCCGCACACCCCGCACACACGCCGCACCCCGCGCACACGCCGCACCCCGCGCACCACGCGCACCACGCGCCCUCCGCUGACGUCGACAACGUCAACGUCAACAUCAACGUCAACACCAACAACGUCGCACCCGGCAGCGCCACGCCCGCCGACAAACGCUGACGUUACACAAGUAUGUUACCCCCAUACAAAUGUUAACACUACACUCAAUAGACCUAUCUGACGAAAAGAGUUACAUCUUUUAUGCUAAAUAAACUUAGUUCUGACAGUUUGUUUAUUUAAAAUAAACAAACUAACUGUCAGAACAGAACUUCAACUAUGAUUUAGGAGUUCUUUUAUGAAAUGUAACUUUUUUCCUCUAAGUUACUUAACUGCUUACAAGUUUGACCAUUGACCCACAGACAUGUUUGUUUCAAUAAUGCAGUACAUAUUGUAAUAAUGCAUAGCUAUGUUAUAAAAGUUAACUUAUCUCCACUAAAAGUCAUACUAAAAUAAUUAAAUAAAAAGUUUUUAUUUGAUAGAUAUUCUAAAACUACUUUUGUUUCUGGCCCGUGAAAAUUAUGUUGGUUAAAUAUAUAUGAUUCAUUUAAAAAUGAAGUGAUUUCAAUGUUUUAUGCAAAAAGACUUAAAUUAUAUGCAUCUAGGGAUUUGAGAUAUUUUUAGCCAAAUAAUUAUAAGUAUAUUGUCAAUAUACUUGUGUUCACACAUCAAGAGGAAGUGUGUUUGUGACUAUUUGAAGAAUUUAAUUUAAUAUGAAUAGAGGUAGGAAUAUGCGGCAUAAAGACUGGUAAGGGUUUUAGAAUGUAUGUGCGUGUAACUACAUGUAUGUAGGUUGAAAGAUUAAGAACAUUGUAAUGUAUUUCCAAAUCUAUAGAUCCGAUUGGUUUGACAUCAAAGAGUAUUUAAUAUUAUAGAAAGGACAUUACAAAUAAUUUAAUCAAAUCAAUAAACUCAGAACCGCUAAAUAACAAAAUUCAAGCUAGUUAUUUGUAACAUCCGAAGUACCAGUGGUACCUAUUUGACACUAUGGUUUAGUUUGUAAUGUCCUGUCUAUUGUAAUAUUGUUAAAUGUCUUUAACAUGAGUCACUUUUUGCAACAGUUAUUAACAACGCACAUUAUAGCAAUUCUAAGCAAUAAUAAAUACUUAAGAAUUACAUUGAUCAUGUUAAAUGACUUGAUGGCAUAAAGUACAGUUUGCUUUAGGGCUGAAGGAAACUCACGUUUUAAUAUAAAUUACGUUAUUGUCAUGACAUAGCAUAAUAUUUAUUUAAAUGAACUCUAUGGGAAUAGACUUAAGAUACCAAAUGCUUGUAUAAUGUUUAUUUAGAAUAUACACAAAUGGUUUAUCGAGCCGCUUUUUAGAUAGUUAAAAAUAAAUCUAUAUAUAUAAAAGUGAAGAUGUUUGGCGCUUGUUGUCGAAUAUAGGAGUUAGCAGUUGGUUAAGGUUGAUAUGUAAGAUCGGGACUGCCAUUUGUUUUACUUUUGAUUAAUAUUAAAAAUCAAUUUUCAUAACUAUUUAAAUCAAUUUAAUUUAUCAUAAUUUUUUACUUGAAGAAUUCAGAUAUAUACACUGUGGUUGAAAGUUUUAUAUGUAUGUUUUUCUGUUCUGUUUUCUUUUUUUUUUUUCAAUUUUCAAUUA